AUGAUCCUCAUGUCGUCACUACCGGUCGGUGACCUCAGCCAGUACUACCUCACCACGGAUGCCGGCAGCAUGUACAGGCUCGAUUUUUGUGACGGCCUGAAACUGGAAACCAUCGCUCCGAACUCUCGCGUCACAAUAUCAUAUAGCCGCAUCACCGACGGUGUGAUGUACUCGUGCCAGCAGCCGCAGCAAGUUGGCGUCCGGCGUGCGCUAAUGGGCGACACCCUAAGCACGCCAGACAAGCCCACGAUCUUGGUAUACGUCGUGACGCUUUGUGGCUACGACGUUGGGCCUGCGGCGACGCCGGAACAAGUUACCAACCUACUCACGGGUGACGGAAACGGUCGUACACUCGCGAAAUACUACGACGCAUGCUCGUACAAGCAGGUCUCUUUGAACUCCGCGCAAGUCAAGGUGCUAGGGCCUGAGGAGAUCCCUUGCAGCGGCAGCUUGAAUCUGCCCUUCACAUUUCCCUCGGGCAACAUUUUCGACACCAAGUCAUGCAACAACGACAACAUGAUCAAAUGGCACUACUACCUCGAUACAGUGGCGGCACGUCGUGGUAUUACAGCCACGGACUACAAUCAUAAAGUGAUACUGCUCCCGCAGGGCUAUAUGGCGCUAUUCCCUGGCUGCAACGGAGUCUCUGGCUCGGCCUCCAUUGGGCCAUGGCUCCGAGAGUACAGCGAUGUCAACAAGUUCGGCACCGGUCUCGUCUGGUGGGCGGGUGACAGCUUCGGUAGCCUUGAAAUCUUGUUCCAUGAAAUCGGCCACACCUUGGGAAUGGCUCAUGCGAGUGUGCCUGAUGGCUGUGAUCUGAUCGACCAGUGCGACCACACCUGCCCCAUGGGCGCCAUCGGCGGCCAAGGCAUCCGCUGCCUCAACGCGCCUCACCUUGACCAACUGGGAUGGGGCCAGCCCUUCAGGGAUCUCUCCGACAAAGAUUUCCCCACGGGAGCAAAGCAGCUCCUCACCAUACCGCCCCAGAUGACAACUUCUCGAAGCUUUGUCCGGUUAGAUUUUAGCCCCCGGCCCGGCAGCAGGAAGCUGUAUGCCGCUGCGCGCAUCAACACACCGCCAUACGACCUGCCGUAUGGCAUUAACCAAAACGGCCAACCGUUCAUUGUCGUACACUCAUGGAACGGCACAUCCACCAACAAGUACGUACGCACGAUUUUGCUGGCGGACGUGGAGCUCGGGGACAUGUUCGUGGAUGACGUCAGCGGGCUGGUGAUUACCUUUGUCGAUUGGGAUGAUAAGAAGGGUGCAUCGGCCACGUUCUGCCGGAGGAAGGGCCCCAAGGAAAAGACCUGCGGAGACGGCAUCGACGACGACUGUGACAAUCUUGUUGACGAGAAUGACCCGGAUUGUGCCGGCAGAAUGCCAGGCGGCGCCCAAUCGGACAGACCGGUGCAGGCGCCAGCCACGAGGUCGCCAUCGCCACCUCCGCGCGGGGCCUGGGGGGGAGCUGUACGGCUGCCACCGCCGUCGCCACCUCCACCCAGCCCACCGCCGCCACCUCCACCCAGCACACCGCCGCCGCGGAGGCCCCCACCGCCUAGCCCAUUGUCGCCGUUGCGGCGCCCGCCAUUUAGCCCGCCGCCAAUCAAGCCGCCGCCACCAGUGUUUUUACCCACACCGUCGGUUUCCAGGGGCUUUCCUAAGCCGCCGCCGCCAUUGCAGUCAUCGAGCAUCGAACGACCCUUCAUCAUUCGGCGCCACCCAUCGCCACUGCCGCCCAGUCUUUCUCCGCCACGGCUGCAUAGUCGGAGCCCGCCGCCGCCAUCGUCUUCGCCGCCGCCUCCGUGGAUUUUCAAUCCGCGCCCGCCGCGGCCGCCACCUAAGGAGGGUUUCAGCUGGGACUUCACCUUGACAUGGUCACGUAGUCCUCCGCGGGGUGCUGCCGUUCGUGAGAAGCUAUUGCUGUUCUGUCAGAGAGUCGUUCUUUCCGGAGUUAUCUGGAACAAAGCAAAUUCCGCCACGUACUGUGUGGACGCAGAGGCAGGCGGUGGAAGCAUGAAGCGCGUCUCAUUUCCAAAUACAAAAUCCUCUACGUACAUAGAGUACAUAGAUAACCCCCUCGCUAAGUUUUUUAAGAAAAAAGAGGUCACAGUGGCACCACGUAGGAAGAGAGCACGCAAAGAGAUUAACCUGAAGAAAACGGGCGGCCAUGGAUCCGGUGCUGGAGAGCCCAACUUGGACGCGGCUCCUGUUCCAGCAGCGGACGUCCAUGAAGAUAAUACUGGCGCAGACUUUUCCAACAUAGAUGAGGAGCCGCAGGCAGAGCUCUCUGAUGACGAACACGGCCCACCAAAUGGCCCCCCAGAAUCGAAUUACGAAGCAGUUGCCAAAGUGUACCUUCAGCAAGUUGCAGCUGCAAGAAGCUUACUGAUGCUCAUGUCGUCUAUUCAUGGCGGUCAAGACGCUUCGAAGUAUUACCUGCGACAAGAUGACGGACAAAUGUACAGCCUCUCCUUCUGCAGCGAGUUGGGUCCGCUCGGCCUGGUAUCCAAUCUUCGGGUUCAGGUGAAUUACAACCGCAUUGAGGAUGGCGUCAUGUACUCGUGCCAAAUUCCCGUUCCGCUGGGCGACGACUCGCCGUCGUCGACGCCGGUAUCGGCGUCGAAGCGGCGCGAGCUGUUUGGACCCACCAUCUCCACGCCCAAACGCCCCACCUUCCUCAUAUACAUCGUCACACUCUGCGGUUUCAGUCAACCGGCGGUGGCUACUGCCUCGAGAAUGCGGGACUUCUUCUUCAGAAACAACUCGAUUUCUCUUUCGGGUUACUACGACACAUGUUCGUACGGACAGAUUUCCGUGCUACCAGAGCAAGUGGAGAUUGUUACCGGGCUGGAAAUUCCUUGCAAUGGCACGUUGAACCUACCGUUCAGCUUCCCGACCGGCAAUAAGUUCGACACACGGAACUGCGAGAACGAUAACUUGCUCAAGUGGCAGUACUACCUGGAUGACGUCGUAUCGGACAUGGGCAUCACCCCGACGGAUUUCCACCACAAGGUCAUUUACUUGCCCCCAACCUUCGUCGGAUAUAGAUGCGACAACUUCACAGGCACUGCCUCCUUGGGCCCCUGGAUUAAAACUGACAGCAAAAUCAAUGAGUACGGCACGGGUCUCAUAUGGAUGGCCGGAGACGUGUUCCCGAACAUUGAGUACUUCUUUCACGAGGUUGGUCACACCCUGUCUAUGGGACACGCCACCAUCCCCAACGGCUGCGAUUCGAGAGACCAGUGCGACCACACCUGCCCCAUGGGGCCCACGGACGGCCAGGGCAUCCGCUGCCUUAACGCGCCGCACAUGUGGCAGCUUGGCUGGAGUCAACCCAUGCGGCGCCUCACUGAGUCAGAUCUGCCGUACGGUGCCAGCCAAGAAAUCUUGAUCCCGAGACAAAUGUCCACCAAGGACAGCUAUGUGGUCGUGUCGGGAGUCAGGGGCCUGGUGCCAACUGACGCCAUGUACUUUGCUGUCCGCAUGAAUGAGUACCCGUACGAAUUGCCAUUUGAGGUGAACGAGCCGUACAUCGUAGUGCAUUCGUACAACGGCACAUCGACGGUGCCAUACAUGCAAACGGUGCUUCUGGGGGAGAUAUCCGUGAAUAACAGAUUUGUUCAUAACACCUCAAAAGUGGUCGUGAAGUUCAUUGGCUGGGAUGCCGUCCGUGGUGCCACUGCGCGCUUCUGUCGCCGCUCGAGCACGCGAGAGCAGACCUGUGGCGAUGGCCUGGACGACGACUGCGACUUUCUGCCGGACGAGCUGGACCCAGAUUGUGCCGGCAGGCCUGUUACCGGCAACAGAGAGAGGCCGCCACGGCCUCCACCCCAACGGAGCUACAGACCACCAACGCCGAGGCCGUCACCACCGCGGCCUGGGGGUUUACAAACAGGGUAA